AUGGAAGCCCAGAAAGGAGAAGGAGAAGUGGUGAUGAGUUCUGAUUUGCUGCUUCCAGUUGGGUUUAGGUUUAUGCCAACAGAUGAAGAGCUCGUCAGAUACUAUCUAAUGAACAAAGCUUGUUUUAGAGCUGUACCAGUUGCUGAUGCGAUUCAGGAGAUCGAUGCGACUCGGUUUUACAGCAACCAUCCGAAGAAUCUAGCAUUUUACUUCAACAAUGCAGUGACGUUCUCUAAUGGGGAGAGGGAGUGGUUCUUCUUUAUACACGAAGACGAUGAAAAUUACAGUGGCAGCUGCUGCAGCCAUGCCCAGAGAAGAAGAAAUGUUCGAGAAGUCGGAAACGGGAUAGGGUUUUGGAAACCAAGCGGAUCAGAAAACCCGAUCUACAGUAAAGAUGGAAAUGUCUUCGCCACCAAGAUCUUCCUCACUUACUUCUCCGGAAGUUGUCACUCCAAAAAACCAAAGAGAACUCACUGGAAAAUAGUCGAGUACCAUUUACAGAUAAGAAGAGAGUGGGUGGUGCUGGGAAAAUUACAGAGAGGAAUGGAUUACACUGGUUUUUGA